UCCGCAUAUCCGUUUUGUAGCUUGGCGAGAAAUAUUUGAAACGCACUUCCAAUUUAGUGAUUGUGGCUGGUGUCCUGUUGACGUUUCAGGACGUUUGUAUGCAACCAUGAGUCGAGGGACGACUUCGGUGACCGGCGACAUAAAAGUGGAGAAGAGUAAAAUGAAAUGGGAUCCAAAAACUCUAGAAAUUCGGACGCAUUCAGUCGAGAAGACCCUCGAGCCACUUGUUCACCAGGUAACAACCUUGGUUAAUCAUCCAAAGAAAAAGGGUAGCAAACUUGGAAAGUCUAAGAAUGCCCAUAAACUUGCCCAAGACAUUGAAGAUGCUACAGCUCGGCUUAUAAAAACAGGGGAGGAAAUUGCUCAAGAGUUUCCUGAAAUCAGAGAAGAAAUGUUAGCAGCAUGCAAGGACUGUCGUGGUGCAGGUGAUUCAAUGCGAAUUGCAGCCAAAGAAUUUGCAGAUGAUCCAUGUUCGUCAGCCAAAAGAGCUUCAAUGGUCAGGGCUGCUCGGGCAUUGUUGUCCUCUGUUACAAGGUUGUUGUGUGUUGCUGACAUGGCAGAUGUGUAUCGCCUCCUUGCCUCACUGAAACUGGUGGAGAAGAGACUGAAGGAAUUAGAAAAAGCUAGUAACACUGCAGACUUGUUGAAUUCUUUUAAGAAUCUUGGGAAUGAUUUGAUGGACUUGGCAAAACUUUCCGGCAAGAGACAAGCAGACUUAAAAGAUCCACAUAGGAAAGAUGACAUGGCUGCUGCUAGGGCUACUCUUAAAGAGUCAAGUAAAAUGCUGCUGUCCUCCUCCAAGGCCUAUGUGCGUCAUCCUGAGGUGGAUUCUGCAAAAGCCAACAGGGAUUUUGUGAUGAAGCAAAUGUCUGAAGCAGUGAAUGCCAUUUCAGGGGCAACACAGGCUACUGGCUCAGGUGGACCUCACCCAUAUGAGACUCCAGGGGCAUUGGCAACAGCUUUGGAUGACUUUGAUUCCCAGAUCAACAUGGAUCCAACUUCAUACUCUGAAAAGCGCACCCGUCCCACAUUGGAGCAGCGUCUUGAAAGCAUCAUCAGUGGAGCAGCACAGUUAGCUGACUCAAUGUCAACAAGAGAUGAUACACGGGACAAGAUUAUAGCAAGCUGUAAUGGUGUGCGGCAAGCUCUCCAGGAUCUACUGUCAGAGUAUAUGAAUCAUGCCACAGGAAAGAAGAAGGCUGCUCCUGGAGGGUCUCUAGACCAAGCCUUGGAAAGGAUGUGUAACCGAACCAGGGAGCUGAGAGGCCAGUUGCGUCGUGCAGUUGUGGAUCAUGUUUCUGAUUCUUUCUUGGAGACCACAAUGCCUCUGAUCAUGAUGAUUGAAGCAGCUCAAGCUGGGAAUGAGAAAGAAGUAGAAGAAUGUGCCAAGUUAUUUACAGACCAUGCUGCAAAACUUGAAGAGGUGGCAAAUCUUGCCUGUUCAAUGUCAGUGAAUCCUGAGAAGGUGAAAAUGGUGAGACUAGCAGCAAAGAGAUUGCAAAACUUGUGUCCUCAGGUAAUUAAUGCUGCUCGAACACUUGCUGCCCGUCCUCACAGUAAGGUGGCUCGAGAAAAUAUGGAUGUGUUCAAAGAGGCUUGGGAACAGCAAUUGCAGGUUCUCACUGAGGCUGUUGAUGACAUUACUGGAAUUGAAGACUUUUUAGCUACUACAGAGGCUCAUGUCUUGGAAGAUGUGAACAAAUGUGUCCAGGCUCUGCAAGAGAGAGAUCCCGAGAAUGUGGACAGGACUGCUGGACAGAUACGUGGACGCACAGCAAGACUGGAAGAUGUGGUCACUGCAGAAAUGGAGAACUACCAACAAGGGCCAUACACUGAUAAUAGACGAGGUGGUCCUGGUGAAGAAGUGGAAAUGGAGGAUGCAGCUGCUGUGCUGUUUGCCGAGGCACAGGCUCGUGCCAGAGAACAAGCUGCCUAUGAACAACUCAAAGCGAGUGGUAAAUUACAAUUUGAAGUGCGAGCCGAGGGAGGUGAAGAUGAAGGGGGAAUGGGUGUGUCGUCUAUCAAGGUGAACGGUGUGGAACAUUGCCCCAGGAAGCCUGGGCACAAUGUUGUUGUACUUGAUCCGAUUGGUGACGUGUACGCAGUCAGAAAUUUUAACACAAAUGCAGGGGAAGGCCCGGCUAUGGGACAGUUUUUGAACCAACUUCCUGAGGAUCAUGUUGUUCUUGUGGCCACACAGGAGCUGACAAGCCGAGAGCAGGGUAAUAAUGUGGCCGCCGCAGCACCAGCGCUGGAGCGUCUUGGAGCAGAGGGACCAUUUGACCCUGGUUUUCAUGGAUCUUACGCCUUCUCUGGCUGUACUGGACCCGCACCAAGAUUUUACACCAAAGCUGAGGUGCGACCCAGGUACCAUGGACCGGCAAUUGUGGCACAACUCAUUCCCACUCCAGCUGCACAGAAAGGAAUGGUUCGUGUUGCGAUCGUCGCUACCGGAGAAGAUGAUCCAAAGGGAACAGGCCGAACAUCAAUCAAAGUUAAUGGCAUCGAGAGAUCGCCCAUGCAGCGAGGACACAAUAUUGUCAUACUGGACAGUGACAGAAACUUUAUCAUGGCGGCUAACUUUGACACAGCAGAUCCGUCUAAAGGGGAGGGGGCAAAGAUGGCCAAGUUCUUACAACAGCUUCCUCAGGAGAGGAUAGUGCUGAUUGGUACCCAGGGAACCACUGGUACUUCUGUGAAUGACGCAAAGGAGGCUCUUUAUGAGAUAGGUGCCACAGGCAAUGUUCAUCCUGGGUUCCAUGGCUCUUGGGCCUUCGUGGGGUACACAGGGCCCGAGCAAGUUAAAUGGGCAAAAAAUAUAAGCCAACCGCGGUACCAGGGACCUGCAGUUAUCGAAGAAAUGCUGACCAGUCCGUCAGCAGAGGAGGAAAUAAGCGCCAUGACAGCUGCGGAGUCUGAGUACGAACCAGUGUCGGAUUACGAAUUUGAGGGAGCAGUUUCUGAUUAUGAGGCACGGUCUGAGUUUGAUGACACUGACGAAUGGGAAAAGGAUAAGAGUAUAUCAAAGAGGAGUGCAAGGUCCCUUAUGAGAGCUCUGCCGGCAGAAGAAAAAGCUAAGAUUGAACAGCUGGCCGAGGGACUGAAACUAGAGAAGAAAAAGCUGGAAAGAGAGUUGACCAAAUGGGACGAAAGUGGAAAUGAUAUUAUUAUCCUGGCGAAGAAGAUGUGCAUGAUGAUGAUGGAAAUGUCCGACUUCACAAGGGGAACAGGACCGCUGAAAACUACGAUGGAUGUGAUUGAUGCUGCUAAGAGAAUUGCCAAAGCUGGAAGAAAGAUGAAUGAAAAAGCUACUGAAAUUGCACAGAAGUGUCCUGAUUCAAGUUCAAAGAACGAUCUGUUAGCGUACAUACAGCGCAUUGCACUAUAUUCCCAUCAGCUGACCAUCACAGCCCGAGUGAAAGCUGACGUACAGAUGAUCAGUGGUGAACUUGUAGUGUCCGGGUUGGACAGUGCUACUUCUCUCAUCACAGCGGCCAAAAAUCUAAUGAACGCUGUCAUUUCUACAGUGAAGGCCUCGUACGUUGCUAAUACUAAGCACAAGUCAGGAGAUGCAAGGGGAUCCAGUCUCACCUGGCGUAUGCGUGCACCGGAGAAGAAACCGCUGGUUAACCUCGAGAAAGAUGACCGCGUGCCACAAUUACAGCGUGCAGAGAAAGUAAAACAAGAGUCGCCCAUUCAGGCACUCUCUGAAUUUGACACUUCGGAGACGAAACGCACACCCGACUUUUACUAGGCAGUAACAUUUUACCGGCAGAGUGAACGAUGAAGACUUGCUUGCACAUGCAUUGAAUAUAGUUCUUUUUAUGACCCAUGAAAAUAAAAUGCUAUAGGAAACCUUUAUGUAACCUGCUCAAAAGAGCUGGGAUUUGUCAAGUGCGACUGUGUGAAAUUCGAAACGAAUUCAGACUUUUUUUUAGCUUUUUAGGUAAUGGUUGUAAUGAAUUUAAUGUUAGGUUGAUAUCGCCUUGUUUGAAGUACGAUCUCGUAGAAAAGUAGGCGAUUAAAGGCUAGAUUCUCUCAGAAUGAAAAAUGGUUGUAAAAAAUUUUGUUAAAACUACCAGAAGGAGUACAUGAUUUGUUAAGCGUUGUUAGGGUACAGUGGAGGCAUGUUACGUUUUGCCUACGUAACUGCUGAAUUUUUAUAGAAUGGCAAAAUAAUUUCUAGAGAGGAGACCCGCUACAGGCUUUGCAAUUUUAGGUAGCUGUCAACAAUUCAAAUGGCGUCAUCGUGUCGCUAAGUAAGGCUAUCAUUUAGGGGGCCAAAGUUGCUAAGGGAAUAACGUCACGGACGGUUCUUACAAACAUGACGUGUUUGUCGUUGUCAAGCGCCCUGCUUAUUCAAGUCAAAGGUUUUUCUUUUGAUCAGUCUGUGACAAAAUUGUAACACUAUUUUUGUAGUUAGGUAGCGUGGUUCCGAGAAAUGCACGCAAUGUCUUGCGUCACAAAAUAAAACAGCACGAAUCAAUGGG